GGCUGGAGCUGCUGCAGUCCAAGCUAGCCGCCCUGGCCGCCGAGGCCCAGCUGGCCGCCUCCGCCUCCGCCUCCUCCCUGGAGUGGCUGGGCGUGCGGCACCCGGUGCGCCACGAGCGCGUGAAGCUGGCGCUGCACCAGGCGGCGGAGUACACGCAGCAGGCGGAGCAGAUGAUGAACGAGGGCGACACAGCAGCUGCAGCUGCAGGCGGGGCGGGCGCGGGUUCGUCUGACGCGCUGGACGCCCGGUUGGCGCUGUACGACAAGGCGAUCAACGCGCUGGCGGAGGCGAGGAGCCACGUGCGCAAUGCGGCCAAGGGACUGUCGGGUCCCGACGCGGAGUCCCACUACCGCGAGCUGGAGGGUCUGGAGGGCGCGGUGGAGGGGCAGCGGCUGGUCCGGGCGGUGGAGCGCACGCAGCUGCUGCUGGCGCACACGGCGGGGAGGUUCGCGGCGGGGCUGCAGAGACUGGCGCUGGGGAAGAAAAUCAAGGACAAGGAGCGCCACGCCCGGCCCGAGGAGGUGCUGCGGCUGCUGGACCAGCUGGGUCGGCAGCUGGAGGAGCUGGG